GCCCUGCCCGGGGGGCACGACGAGCUCUGCAAGGGCACCCGCAACUACAAGCGGGCCUUGCUCCUGCGGCACCACCUCUCCGCCGAGCAUCGCCUCAACGAGCCCGUCAGCGCCGAGCAGGAGUCAGAGUUACCGUCAGAACUGAAUAAUGAAGGAUACUGUGACUUUAACAGCAGGCCAAAUGAGAACUCUUACUGCUAUCAGCUCCUGCAAGAGCUCAACGAGCAGAGGAAGAAAGGCAUUCUUUGUGAUGUUAAUAUCGUGGUGAGCGGGAGGGUCUUCAGAGCUCACAAGAACAUCCUGGUUGCAGGCAGCCGCUUCUUUAAGACUCUCUAUUGCUUUACAAACAAAGAAAGCCGUAACCAAACCACUGUUACCUAUUUAGACGUUGUUGCUGUUCAAGGGUUUUCUGUCAUCUUGGACUUCUUGUAUUCUGGUAACCUCGUGCUCACGAGCCAAAAUGCCAUUGAAGUGAUGUCGGUGGCCAGCUACCUUCAGAUGACAGAGGUUGUCCAGUCCUGCCGCAACUUCAUUAAAGAUGCCUUAAACAUAAGUAUAAAAUCAGAAGCUCCAGAGACCGUUGUUGUGGAUUACAACAGAAGAUCUGUUAGUAGGGAUGGUUUGUCUCCAAGGGAUCAGAAAGUUGCCAGCUUCUGGGCAACACGAAACCUUACCAACUUGGCAAGUAGCAUAAAAACUGAGAACGAUGGUUACUCUAUUGAUGAGGGCCAAAUGGAGAGCUACCAAAUGAAUGACUGCAGCUGGGUCCAGGACAGCUCACCUGAAAUGGCUGAAAAUGAAUCUCAAGGUGAGGGAAAAGUCUUCGUAUGGAAUGACAUGGGUGCACAGGGACAAUCAGUUCAAGAACCUGGAAAAGCAAGAAGGAAAAACCAAACUGCAAAGAGGUUUAUUUAUAAUAUACCACCGAAUACCGAAGAGAACUCAGAAGACUGCUCAGUGUUGCAACCAUCAGUCCCAUAUCCAGAAGAAGACUUGUCAUUUAUUAAAGAAGAAGCAGGUACUUCGAGUGACUUCAAGUAUGGGCUGCUGCCGGGUGCUUCGAGUGACUUCAAGUACGGGCUGCUGCCAGAUGACUUCAAGUAUGGGCUGCUGCCGGGUGCUUCGAGUGACUUCAAGUACGGGCUGCUGCCAGAGUCUUGGCCAAAAGAAGCUUGGGAAAAUGGCGAUUCCUCUGCUUUAAUCAUGAACAAGUUGAAGUGUCCGCACUGUAAUUAUGUAGCCAAAUACAGAAGAACACUAAAGAGACACUUGCUCAUUCACACAGGCGUGAGAUCUUUCAGUUGUGACAUCUGUGGGAAGCUGUUUACUCGAAGAGAGCAUGUAAAGAGACAUUCCUUGGUGCAUAAAAAGGAUAAAAAGUAUAAAUGUAUGGUGUGUAAGAAGAUUUUCAUGCUAGCAGCCAGCGUUGGAAUAAGGCACGGAUCACGGCGUUACGGAGUUUGUGUAGACUGUGCAGAUAAAUCUCAGCCUGGAGGGCAAGAGGGAGCAGACCAGGUGCAGGACACAGAUUUCCCUAGGGAUGAAGAAUAUGAGGAAAACGAAGUGGGAGAAGGUGACGAGGAGCUUGGUGAUGAUGUAGAAGAACAGAAUGACCAGUCUCGAUGGGAUGAAUCUGGGGAAGUUUGUAUGCCUUUAGAUGACUGACAGACCGUGUGGCUUCAGGGUGCUGCAGAAGGACACUAUGUGGAUUGACUCUUUGGAUUUCUGGACUGAAGGCUUGCAGAAUAUGGUACAGGCUGGACGGUAGUUACGUUGCUGUGAAAAAUGUAGGGUCAAAGCCUUAUAGCAAAAAAGGAUUAUUAAUUUUUUUAUUAUAUUUGCACAGGACUGUACAGCAUACAACCAUUUGGUUGAAUUAUACAGAGUCCUCACAUCUACAGUCAGUUAUCAAAAGAAAAAUGUAUUUUUUAUUAUUUAUAGGCUAUAGCUACUUGGGUCCUAUUCAGACAUAGUAGUAACUGUACUUAUGUUACACAUUCAUGUAUCUUUUAACAUGAAUGAAGAAAAUUGCAACUUGGUAUGGAACUACAAAGACAGCUUUCCCAAAUCCUCUUGUACUUUGUCAGUGAACCAGUGAAGCUGAUUUCAGCUAGUUGCUCUUGUUUCCACGAGCAUGUCUUUGCCAUACAAACCUUACCUCUCCCAUACUCUGGUAGAUGAAAGUCAGUCAUUUAAAUAUGCAUCACAGAUAAUCCCAACACGGUCUUGAAAUUUGGUUUUAAAACUUUUGGCUCUAUGCUGGCAGGUGAUAUAGGUGAUGAGCACUGGAGAAAGUUAAUAAUGGCAUUAAUUUAGUGUCUCUUCCUUCACCGUUUCGAAUUUUCAAGAAGGUUGUUACUGAUUCAUCAGUUCCAAAAUGAUCUUGCAGAAGAAAUGACCAAUAAUGAAAAUAAUAGACUGAUCAGAGCACGGUUAACUCUUCUGCCGCUUAGGCAAAAGAGAUAGUCAUGCUGAAAGGUAUCUGAUGUGAUAAUGUUUCCUCACUCCUCUAAGGCCCCCUUCCUUUCAAACUUUUUGACUUCCCUGGUGUAUACCUCAGUCCCACAGAAUAAAACCACAAGAAAUGGAGAAAGUGUCAUAUUAAACAAC